GCAGCAUUUAUGUCCAUUGCUGCCUGUGAGUUUCAACCACAGAGGGAGGGCUCUGAGUGAGUUACCCGUCUUCUGUGGUCACCAUCAUGGGCUUUGCAAGACAGAUUCAGCUUUUGCUCUGGAAGAACUGGACCCUGCGGAAAAGGCAAAAGAUUCGCUUUGUGGUGGAACUCGUGUGGCCUUUAUCUUUAUUUCUGGUCUUGAUCUGGUUAAGGAAUGUCAACCCACUCUACAGCAAACAUGAAUGCCAUUUUCCCAACAAGGCGAUGCCCUCAGCAGGAAUGUUGCCGUGGCUCCAGGGAAUUUUCUGCAAUGUGAACAAUCCUUGUUUUCAAAGUCCCACCCCGGGAGAAUCUCCUGGAAUUGUGUCCAACUAUAACAACUCCAUCUUGGCAAGGGUAUAUCGAGAUUUUCAAGAGCUCUUCGUGGAUGCCCCAGAGAGCCAGCACCUUGGCCGUGUUUGGACAGAACUCCGCACCUUGUCUCUUGUCAUGGACACCCUCCGGACUCAUCCUAACAGAAUUGAAGGAAAAGGAAUACGAAUCCUGGAUGUCCUAAAAGAUGAAGAAACACUGACACUAUUUCUCAUGAAAAACAUUGGCCUGUCUGACUCAGUUGUCUACCUUCUGGUCAACUCUCAAGUCCGACCAGAGCAGUUUGCUCACGGAGUACCAGACUUGGUUCUGAAGGAUAUUGCCUGCAGUGAGGCCCUCCUGGAGCGCUUCGUCAUCUUCAGCCAGCGGCAGGGGGCCCGGACAGUACGUGACGCCAUGUGCCCCCUCUCCCAGGGCACCCUACAGUGGAUGGAAGACACUCUGUAUGCCAACGUGGAUUUCUUCAAGCUCUUCCGUGUGCUUCCUACACUCCUAGACAGCAGUUCCCAAGGUAUCAAUCUGAGAUCCUGGGGAAGAAUAUUAUCUGAUAUGUCACCAAGAAUUCAAGAGUUCAUCCAUCGACCAAGUGUUCAAGACUUGUUGUGGGUGACCAGGCCCCUCAUGCAGCCUGGCGGGCCAGACACCUUCACACAGCUCACAGGCAUCCUGUCUGACCUCUUGUGUGGCUACCCAGAGGGAGGAGGCUCUCGGGUGUUCUCCUUCAACUGGUAUGAAGACAAUAACUAUAAAGCCUUCCUGGGAAUUGACUCCAUGAGGAAAGAUCCUGUCUAUUCUUAUGACAAAAGAGCAGCGACCUUUUGUAAUGCAUUGAUCCAGAGCCUGGAGUCCAACCCUCUAACCAAAAUAGCCUGGAGGGCAGCAAAGCCUCUGCUGAUGGGGAAAAUCCUCUUUACUCCAGAUUCCCCUGCUGCACGCAGGAUACUGAAGAACGCCAACUCGACUUUUGAAGAGCUGGAGCGUGUUAGGAAGUUGGUCAAAGCCUGGGAAGAAGUGGGACCCCAGAUCUGGUACUUCUUUGACAAGAGCACACAGAUGACCAUGAUCAGGGACACCCUGGCAAACCCAACAGUAAAAGGGUUUUUGAAUAAGGAGUUUGAUGAAGAUGUUACUACCGAAGCUGUGCUGAACUUCCUUUAUAAGGGUCCUCGAGAGAGCCGGGCUGACAACAUGGCCAGCUUCAACUGGAGAGACAUAUUUAACAUCACUGAUCACACUCUACGCCUAGCUAAUCAAUACCUGGAGUGCUUGAUCCUGGACAAGUUUGAAAGCUACGAUGAUGAAAUUCAGCUCACACAACGAGCCCUGUCUCUGCUGGAGGAAAACCGGUUCUGGGCUGGUGUGGUGUUCCCUGAUAUGUAUCCCUGGACCAGCUCCCUACCACCGCACGUGAAGUACGAGAUCCGGAUGGACAUAGAUGUGGUGGAGAAAACCAAUAAGAUUAAAGACAGGUACUGGGAUUCUGGUCCCCGCGCUGAUCCCGUGGAAGAUUUCCGAUACAUCUGGGGAGGGUUUGCCUACCUGCAGGACAUGGUUGAACAAGGAAUCACGAGGAGCCAGGCCCAGGCUGAGGUUCCCAUUGGAAUUUACCUCCAGCAGAUGCCUUACCCCUGUUUCGUGGAUGACUCUUUCAUGAUCAUCCUGAACCGCUGUUUCCCUAUCUUCAUGGUGCUGGCCUGGAUCUACUCUGUCUCCAUGACUGUGAAGAGCAUCGUCUUGGAGAAGGAAUUGCGACUAAAAGAGACCUUGAAAAAUCAGGGUGUCUCCAACACAGUGAUUUGGUGUACCUGGUUCCUGGACAGCUUCUCUGUCAUGUCAAUAAGCAUCUUCCUCCUGACAAUAUUUAUCAUGCAUGGAAGGAUCCUACACUACAGCGACCCGUUCAUCCUCUUCCUGUUCCUGUUGGCUUUCUCCACCGCUACGAUCACGCAGUGCUUCCUGCUCAGCACCUUCUUCUCCAGGGCCAGCCUGGCAGCAGCCUGUGGUGGUGUCAUCUACUUUACCCUCUACCUGCCUCACAUUCUCUGCGUCGCCUGGCAGGACCGAAUGACGGCCGACCUGAAGAUGGCUGUGAGCCUGCUGUCUCCUGUGGCAUUCGGGUUUGGCACUGAGUACCUGGCUCGCUUUGAGGAGCAAGGCCUGGGGCUGCAGUGGAGUAAUAUCGGGAACAGCCCCAUGGAAGGGGAUGAAUUCAGUUUCCUGACGGCCAUGAAGAUGAUGCUCCUUGAUGCUGUUCUGUAUGGCGUGCUUGCCUGGUACCUUGACCAGGUGUUUCCAGGAGACUACGGAACCCCGCUUCCUUGGUACUUCCUCCUACAAGAGUCCUAUUGGCUUGGUGGUGAAGGAUGUUCAACCAGAGAAGAAAGGGCCCUGGAAAAGACGGAACCCGUAACAGAGGAAAAUGAAGAGCCUGAGCUGCUACCAGGAAUCCAUGACUCCUUCUUUGAACGUGAGCUUCCAGGCUUGGUCCCUGGGGUAUGUGUGAAGAAUCUGGUCAAGAUUUUUGAGCCCCACGGCAGGCCAGCUGUGGACCAUCUUAACAUCACCUUCUAUGAGAGCCAGAUCACUGCAUUCCUUGGCCACAAUGGAGCAGGGAAAACCACCACCUUGUCCAUCCUAACGGGUCUGUUGCCACCGACAUCAGGGACUGUGCUCAUUGGGGGAAAGGACAUUGAAACCAGCCUGGAUGCAGUCCGGCAGAGCCUUGGCAUGUGUCCCCAGCACAACAUCUUGUUCCACCAUCUCACAGUGGCUGAACACAUACUGUUCUACGCCCAGCUGAAAGGGAAGUCCUGGAACCAGGCCCAGCUGGAGAUGGAAGCCAUGUUGGAAGACACGGGGCUCUACCACAAGAGGAAUGAAGAAGCCCAGGACCUAUCAGGUGGCAUGCAGAGGAAGCUGUCUGUGGCCAUUGCUUUUGUGGGAGAUGCCAAAGUGGUCGUUUUGGAUGAGCCCACCUCUGGGGUGGACCCCUAUUCGAGACACUCAAUCUGGGACCUGCUCCUGAAGUAUCGCUCGGGCAGGACCAUCAUCAUGUCCACUCACCACAUGGAUGAGGCCGACCUCCUUGGGGACCGCAUUGCCAUCAUUUCUCAUGGAAGGCUCUACUGCUCGGGCACCCCGCUCUUCCUGAAGAACUGCUUUGGCACCGGCUUCUACUUAACCUUGGUGCGCAAGACGAAGAGCCUGCAGAGCCAGAGAGCAGGCUGUGAGGGGACCUGCAGCUGUGCGUCUAAGGGUUUCUCCAUCAGGUGUCCAGCCCAUGUAGAUGAGAUGACUCCAGAACAAGUCUUGGAUGGGGAUGUGAAUGAACUGAUAGAUGUGGUUUGCCACCACGUUCCAGAGGCAAAGCUGGUGGAAUGCAUUGGUCAAGAGCUGAUCUUCCUUCUUCCGAAUAAGAAUUUCAAGCAGAGGGCAUACGCCAGCCUCUUCAGAGAGCUGGAGGAGACACUGGCUGACCUGGGGCUCAGCAGUUUUGGAAUUUCUGACACUCCCCUGGAAGAGAUAUUCCUGAAGGUCACAGAGGAUUCUGGUUCAGGACCCCUGUUCACGGGCAGCACUCAUAAGAAAAGAGAAAGCGUUGACCUGCGACACCCCCGUUUGGGUCUGAGCAAGGAGGCCACACAGCCUGCCCAGGGCCCCAGAGGCUGCUCUGUGGAGACAGCUCCUCCUGCUGAGGGCCAGCCUUCCUCAGAGCUCCACACGGGAGCACGGCUCAUCACCCAGCAUUUGCAGGCACUGCUGGCCAAGCGAUUCCACCACUCUGCCCGCAGCCACAAGGACUUCCUGGCCCAGAUUGUGCUUCCGGCCACUUUUGUGUUUUUGGCUCUGAUGCUUUCCAUCAUCGUCCCUUCUUUUGGUGACUAUCCUGCUUUGACCCUUCACCCCUGGAUGUAUGGGCAGCAAUAUACCUUCUUCAGCAUGGACCAGCCGGACAGCUCGCAGCUCACAGCACUUGUAGACAUCCUCCUGAACAAGCCAGGCUUUGGCAACCGCUGCCUAAAGGAAGAAGGGCUUCCGGAGUACCCCUGUGGUAACUCAACCCCCUGGGAGACCCCCUCUGUGUCCCCGAACGUCACCCACCUGUUCCAGAAGCAGAAAUGGACGCCAGAACACCCCUCACCUUCCUGCAAGUGCAGCACCAGAGAGAAGCUCACCAUGCUCCCCGAAUGCCCCGAGGGCGCAGGUGGACUCCCACCCCCUCAGGUACUCUUAAAGAGCAAAUUCUGGGUCAACGAACAGAGGUAUGGAGGAGUUUCCAUCGGAGGAAAGCUGCCAGUUCUCCCCAUCACUGGGAAAGCACUUGUUGGAUUUUUAAGCGACCUUGGCCAAAUAAUGAAUGUGAGCGGGGGCCCUAUCACCAGAGCGGCCUCUAAAGAAAUGUCUGCUUUCCUUAAACACCUAGAAACUGAAGACAACGUUAAGGUGUGGUUUAAUAACAAGGGCUGGCACGCCAUGGUCAGCUUUCUCAACGUGGCCCACAACGCCAUCUUACGGGCCAGCCUGCACCAGGACAGGAACCCGGAGGAGUACGGCAUCACGGCCAUCAGCCAGCCCCUGAACCUAACCAAGGAGCAGCUCUCAGAGAUUAUAGUGCUGACCACUUCGGUGGAUGCUGUGGUUGCCAUCUGCGUGAUUUUCGCCAUGUCUUUUGUCCCAGCCAGCUUUGUCCUUUAUUUGAUCCAGGAGAGAGUGAACAAAGCCAAGCACCUCCAGUUUGUCAGCGGAGUGAGCCCCACGGCCUACUGGCUGACCAACUUCAUCUGGGACAUUAUGAAUUAUGCUGUGAGUGCUACACUGGUGGUGGGCAUCUUCGUGGGGUUUCAGAAGAAAGCCUACACUUCUCCAAACAGUCUUCCUGCCUUUGUUGCACUGCUCAUGCUGUAUGGAUGGGCGGUCAUUCCCAUGAUGUACCCAGCAUCCUUCCUGUUUGAUGUCCCCAGCACAGCCUAUGUGGCCCUGUCUUGUGCUAAUCUGUUCAUUGGCAUCAACAGCAGUGCCAUCACCUUCAUCUUGGGAUUAUUUGAGAAUAACCAGACGCUGCUCAGAUUCAAUGCCAUGCUGAGGAAGCUGCUCAUCAUCUUCCCCCAUUUCUGCCUGGGCCGGGGCCUCAUUGACCUGGCGCUGAGCCAAGCUGUGACAGACGUCUAUGCCCGGUUUGGUGAGGAUCAUGCUUCAAAUCCAUUCCAAUGGGACCUGAUUGGGAAGAACCUGGUUGCCAUGGCAGCAGAAGGGGUGGUGUACUUCCUCCUGACCCUCCUCAUCCAACACCACCGGUUCUUCCUCACCCGAUGGAUUGCCGAGCCUGCUAAGAGGCCCGUCGCUGAUGAAGACGAUGAUGUGGCUGAAGAAAGACAAAGAAUUCUUAGUGGGGGAAAUAAAACUGAUAUCUUAACUCUAAAUGAACUAACCAAGAUUUAUUCAGGCACCUCCAGCCCAGCCGUGGACAGACUGUGUGUGGGAGUUCGUCCUGGCGAGUGCUUUGGCCUCCUGGGAGUUAAUGGAGCUGGCAAAACCACCACUUUCAAGAUGCUCACUGGGGACAGCACAGUAACCUCAGGCGAUGCCACUGUGGCAGGCAAAAGUAUUUUAACCAAUAUUUCCAAAGUCCAUCAAAGUAUGGGCUACUGUCCUCAGUUUGAUGCAAUUGAUGACCUGCUCACAGGGCGAGAACAUCUUUACCUUUAUGCCCGGCUUCGAGGUGUACCAGCAGAGGAAAUCGAGAGGGUGGCAAACUGGAGUAUUCAGAGCCUGGGCCUGUCUCUGUAUGCAGACUGCCCGGCCGGCACCUACAGUGGAGGCAAUAAGCGGAAGCUCUCCACCGCCAUGGCCCUGAUUGGCUGCCCGCCGCUGCUGCUGCUGGAUGAGCCCACCACAGGCAUGGACCCCCAAGCACGCCGCAUGCUGUGGAACACCAUCGUGAACAUCAUCAGAGAAGGGAGGGCUGUAGUCCUCACAUCCCACAGCAUGGAAGAAUGUGAAGCCCUGUGUACCCGGCUGGCCAUCAUGGUGAAGGGCACCUUUCAGUGUCUGGGCACCAUUCAGCAUCUCAAGUCCAAGUUUGGAGAUGGCUACAUCGUCACAAUGAAAAUCAAGUCCCCGAAGGAUGGCUUGCUUCCCGACCUGAACCCUGUGGAGCAGUUCUUCCAGGGGAACUUCCCGGACAGCGUGCAGAGGGAGAGACACCACAAUAUGCUGCAGUGCCAGGUCUCCUCCUCCUCCCUGGCCAGGAUCUUCCAGCUGCUCAUCUCCCACAAGGACAGUCUGCUCAUUGAGGAGUACUCGGUCACACAGACCACGCUGGACCAGGUAUUUGUGAACUUUGCUAAACAGCAGACUGAAAUUCACGACCUCCCUUUGCACCCUCGAGCUGCUGGAGCCAGCAGACAAGCCAAGGAAGAGGGUCAUUUGUUCUUUAUAAAAAUAUCAAGGUGAUGAAGGAAGAAGCAACAGAAGAUAUGUAUCCUGGACUGUGAUACUGUGAUUACUCUUGGGACAUGUGCUUCCAGGUUCCUGCCCCAGCCCCAUGUCUGAUCUCCUUCCACAUUGUUCAUUUGCUGAAGCAAGAAGGGAGCUCUGAGCAGCUAAAAGUGCAGGAGCUGUUGCCGUAUGGUCUUCCGAUCCGACCAGCCAGCAUAAGUAAGGCCUCGGCAGCAGAAACAAACACUUGUGAGGCUGACAGAACUCCAAAGGGGGCUUUUUCAGAAGGAAGCCAAAACUGACUGGCUCACUGGGGACACCUGAUGGUGAAACUGACCCAGCCAAAUGAAUAAAAACCCUUUUCAUCCAAA